AUGGCAAUGGAAGGAGUAGGUGGAAGCGGUGGUGGUAGCAGCGAUGUGGAAAACGACUUGGAAAUGAAGCUUUUACGAGACAGAUUCAGACUCUCCGCAAUCUCAAUCGCUGAAUCUCAAGCAAACAAAAGCGGCAUGGAAGUUUCAAAUGUCGUAGUCGCUUGCGUUGCUGAUUUGGCCUUCAAAUACACCGAACGGUUGGCUAAGGAUCUUCAACUAUUCUCCCAGCAUGCAAAUCGUAAAUCUGUAAAUAUGGAGGAUGUCAUACUCUCCGCACAUCGCAAUGAACAUCUAUCUGGCUUGUUGAGGACUUUCUCCAAUGACUUAAAAGCCAAAGAUCGUCAAUAUGAGAGGAAGCGAAAGAAGAAUGACAAAACAACUGUUUAG